UUUUUUAUAUAUAUAACGAUGGAUUCGAAAUCACACAAGAGGAGAGCAACUAUAGAUAAUGGUGAGACAGGGGAAGACUUGGUGCUUGCAACUUUGAUCGGCAAUGGUGAUGAUUUAGGUCCCCUUGUUAGACAUGCAUUCGAAAUGGGGAGGCCGGAGCCGCUUGUUCAGCAACUGAAGCAUCUCAUGAAAAAGAAAGAAGUGGAGAUUGAGGAGCUCUGCAAGACUCACUACGAGGAAUUCAUUCGUGCUGUUGAUGAGCUUCGGGGCGUCUUGGUCGACGCUGAAGAGCUUAAAAGCGACCUCGCCAGUGAUAAUUUCAGGUUGCAGGAGGUAGGGAGUGCUUUGCUGCUCAAACUUGAAGAGCUUCUUGAAUCUUAUUCCAUCAAGAAGAGUGUAACUGAAGCUAUCAAGAUGUCCAGGAUUUGCAUUCAAGUGUUGGAGCUUUGUGUUAAAUGUAACAAGCACCUUUCACAAGCCCAGUUUUACCUUGCUUUGAAAGCUGUGGAUUUAAUUGAGAAGAACUACUUGCAGAAUAUCCCUGUGAAUAAAGUCAAGAUUGUUAUAGAAAAGGCCAUCCCUAUGAUAAAAACACAUAUUGAGAAGAAAGUGACUGCACACUUUAACGAGUGGUUGGUUCACAUCAGGAGUUCCGCUAAGGAUAUUGGGCAGACCGCAAUAGGACAAGCCUCAUCGGCUCGCCAGAGAGACGAGGAAAUGCUCGAACGGCAGAGAAAAGCCGAGGAAAUGAACAUGGCUGGCAUGGAUUUCGUGUAUCAAUUAGAAGUUGAUGAUGUUGCUGAGGAAUCUGUUUUGAAGUUUGAUCUUACACCCCUUCAUCGGUCGUAUCACAUCCAUACCUGCCUUGGACUCCAAGAGCAAUUUCGGGAUUAUUACUACAAAAACAGAUCAAUGCAACUCACUUCAGACUUGCAAAUCCCUUCCUCGCAAGCAUUCAUUGAAUCACAUCAAACAUAUCUGGCACAAAUUGCAGGUUACUUCAUUGUGGAAGAUAGGGUCCUAAGGACUUCCGGAGGUUUGUUGUUGGAUGAACAAGUUGAGACAAUGUGGGAACAAACUGCGGCUAAAGUGGCACCAGUUUUGGAUAAACAGUUUGCUCUAAUGGAUUCCGCAACUCACCUUCUAUUGGUGAAGGAUUAUAUCACUCUUCUUGGGGCAACUCUUAGGCAGCAUGGGUAUGAAGUGAGUUUGAUUCUUGAGGUAUUAGAUAAGAGCCGAGAAAAAUACCACGAUCUUCUUGUUGAAGAGUGUCGUCAGCAAAUUGAGAGCAUUAUUUCUAAUGAUACAUGUGACCAGAUGAUGAUGAAGAAGGAUUCGGAAUAUGAUAGUAAUGUUUUGGCAUUUCAUCUUCUGCCUUCAGAUACAAUGCCAGCUUUUCCAUAUAUUGCACCAUUCUCCUCUAUGGUGCCCGAUUCCUGUCGUAUUGUUCGAUCCUUCAUCAAAGGCUCCGUUGAUUACUUGUCAUAUGGAUUAAAUCCUAAUUUUUAUGAUAUAGUGCGCAAGUACUUGGACAAUCUCUUGAUUGAUGUGCUUAAUGAAGUGGUCCUUAAUAAAGUUCAUAAUACCGGCCUUGGUGAGUCUCAAGUCAUGCAGCUUGCUGCAAAUAUAUCGUACCUCGAACGAGCUUGUGACUUUUUCCUACAAUAUGCUGCUCAAUUGUGUGGGAUUCCAGUUCGAUCCGUCGAUCGGCCUCGAGCUGGUUUGACAGCCAAGGCCAUCUUAAAAACAUCAAGAGAUGAAGCCUAUCUAGCUCUCCUGACUCUGGUAAAUAGUAAGUUGGAAGAGUUCAUGGCACUCACAGAAAACAUAAACUGGACAUCAGAAGAGCUAGUCCAAAACAACAACGAGUACAUGAAUGAGGUCGUUUUUUACCUCGAGACGCUGUUGUCAAAAGGACAGCAAAUUCUUCCAUUGGAUGCUUUAUACAAGGUUGGAAGCGGGGCUCUCGAGUAUAUAUCGAGUUCCAUCGUUGCAGCAUUUCUAAGCGAUAGUGUGAAGAGGUUCAACGCCAAUGCAGUGAUCGUAAUCAACAAUGAUCUAAAGAUGCUAGAGAAUUUCGCAGACGAGAGGUUCCAAACCACGGGGCUAAGCGAGGUAUACAGGGAUGGCAGUUUCCGAGGUUGCUUGGUCGAAGCUCGACAAUUGAUAAACCUGUUGUCCAGCAGCCAGCCAGAGAAUUUUAUGAAUCCUGUAAUUAGACAGAAAAAUUACAACGCCUUGGAUUACAAGAAAGUGGGCAUCAUUUGUGACAAAUUCAAGGAUACGGCAGAUAGCAUAUUUGGGAGUCUUUCUAACAGAAACACCAAAACAAAUUCACGCAAGAAGUCCAUGGAUAUGCUCAAGAAAAGAUUGAAGGACUUCAAUUGACAACAACUAUAACAAAAUGAAUUUUAGGGUUUAAAUGUUGUUUGCGUGCAUUACAAGGCGAAGCCUUUUCUGUUUCUGUUCCCGUCUUCCUAUUAUCUCCAAGUGAUAGUAUCUAUUUUGGUCAUAUAUUAUAAAUAUUUAUUUUAAUAAUGAAAUUUUUAUAUCAUUUCUCGUUCU